AUGAAAGUCACCAAAGCCCAUCUGCGCAAAUGUAGCUACUUCUUCAUCCCCGGCGUCCUGUUUAUCACGAUUUCAAUAAUUCUGGGUCUCUGGUUCGGCAGACCUUCCACAACCAAGAACGAUAACCCUUCUGGCCUUCCCGAGACGACGGUCGACCUUGGCUACGCUCAGUACGUUGGCAACACGCUGCCGGGAGGCACUCGACAGUAUCUCGGCAUCCGCUACGCUGUGCCGCCCACUGGCGACCGAAGAUGGCGUGCACCCGAAGAACCACUCCCCAAUCAGGAGCACCAGCAGGCCAAGACGUACGGCGCCAUCUGCUAUCCAAUUGGCUUAGAUUAUCCCGCCGAUGGCCAUGAUGAGGACUGCCUGUUUGCUAAUAUAUGGGCGCCGAAUGUUGGAAACUCAUCCGCGAAGCUGCCGGUAUGGGUCUUUAUACAAGGUGGAGGCUACUCGACUCUGGCCAGCUGGAACUGGAACGGCACGGAUGCCGUCGAAAAAGCAGGUAGCAAAUUCCUCUUCAUCAACUUCAACUACAGGGUGGGCCUCUUCGGCUUCCUCGCUGGCGGUGAUGUUGAAGCAGACGGCGAUCUCAACGUUGGCAUUCUCGACCAACGACGUCUGUUGCAAUGGGUACAAACUCACAUAUCCAAAUUCGGCGGUGACCCCAAGCAUGUUAUCAUCCACGGCGUCUCGGCUGGCGCCGGUUCCGUCGCCAUGCACCUAGCGGCAUACGGCGGCCGCAACGACAACCUCUUCGUCGGUGCCAUGGCUCAGUCGGCCUUCUUCCCGGCGCAGCCUCAUGUCAGUGACCUCGAGUACCAGUUCGAUCGCGUCCUCGAUGACGUUGGCUGUCGCAGUGCUCAAGAUAAGAUGAAGUGCCUCCGCGGUACAUCCAUGGGAACCCUGCAACGUGCCAACGACAUAUCGCCCUUUCCCGGCAGAACCCAUGCCCCACACUUCUACUGGACCCCUUGCGUUGACGGUGACCUUCUGGUCGACUACCCCUCGGUGCUGUUCAAGACCGGCAACUUUGUACAGGUGCCCGUCCUCUUCGGCGUCUGCAACGAUGAGGGCUCCGUCUUUGCCGACGAAGUCGAAACCUCGGUCGACCAGACAUCCUACCUCCUUGACCAGUACCCGCACCUCAACGCUACGCACCAAGACACACUCGCAUCCCUUUACCCCCGCCAGGCGCCCCUACCAAACCAUGCCCCCUAUUUCCCUUCACUUUCUCGGGCCUACGGCGAAGCGACCUUCUCCUGCCCCUCCGCCUCGCUCCUAACCGCCUACAGCGCAUCAUCGUCUCCGACCUGGGGCUAUCGCUUCGCCGUGCCAGAUGCAGACAACAUGGCCGCCGGGCUCGGGAUACCCCACGUCUUUGACGCCCCCGCCGUCCUCGGUCCGGGCAUGCUCCCCACCGCCGCUUCGUACUACACCUACAACGCGCCCGUCGUGCCGCUCGUCAUGACCUACUUUGCCUCGUUUGUCCGGGCGCUCGAUCCUAACAGAUAUCGGGCCGAGGGAGCUCCAGCUUGGGAGACGUGGGGAGCGAACGGGUCAAGGGUCGUGUUUGAAGGCGAGGGGAGGAUGAAUGUCGAGAAUGCUGCGGACAACGGCAUGGGCGAGAGGUGCGCUUUCUGGGACAGGGUUGCCGAAACGAUGGAGCAGUAG